AUGAAUGAGGCAUACUUGUCUAUAGCCAACCAUCUCACGUCGAGCAAACUUCGAAGCUUCCACCUCAAACAUUAUAACAUGGAGUUCCCACAGUCCCUCGGCGUGCUAAGCCCCAUCAGACCAAUAACAUGCGUCGAAAUGCACACAGCAGGCGAGCCAACACGAAUAAUCUGGAACGGAAUCCCACCUCUAACUGGCACUCUGUUGGAACAACGAGCGCAAGCAAAAUCCCAAUUCGACGAAUUCCGUCGACUCCUCAUGCUCGAGCCGCGCGGCCACUACGACAUGUACGGCGCAAUCUUACGUCCAGAGACCGAGCUGGUCAGCUCGGGAGAAGCCGAUAUCGGCGUUUUGUUCAUGCACAACGAGGGGUUCUCGACUAUGUGCGGACAUGCGACGAUCGCGCUGGGUCGGUUCCUUGUUGAUGUUGACGAGAAGAUCUUCCCUCGUCGAAAACAGUUGGAAUAUGAUUCUGUUUCUCAGACGACGAGACUCAAGCUGCAUGCGCCGUGCGGGGUUGUUGAGGUUACGGUCCCCACAUUGGAGUCUGGGAAGUCGGAUGCGUCGCGGCCGGUUUCUUUUGUGUCUGUGCCGUCGUUUGCUACUGCUAUAUCGUUGCAGGUGUCUCUGCCUGAGAAGUAUCGUUGGGCUGAGCUUCGUGGUAGGACUGCUGUUACGGUGGACUUUGCUUAUGGGGGUGCGUAUUAUUGUAUGGUUAGUGCGGAGGAAUUGGGGUUCUCUGGUGGGCUCGGUGAGGUCCAACUGCAGGAUAUGGAUCAUGCGUCGAAGUUGCUGAAAGAGGCGGUGGUUAACAACCCAGACCUGCAAUAUUUGACUCAGGAUGCCCGGACUGCUGGGGAAGGGUUCUUGUACGGGAUCAUGAUCACAGAUACACGACUCGGACAUGUCAGUGCCUCGGAGGGCACGGCGGCUGCCCAUGCGCAGCUGGAUGCUAGGAGUGAGGAGACAGGUCUUUGCUUCUUUGCGAACCAGGCAAUUGACCGGUCUCCGACUGGAAGCUGUGUCGCUGCGAGGGUGGCUCUGGCAUAUGCCAAAGGGUCCUUGGCUAGAGGCGAGAAGAGAGUCUAUAAUUCGCUUGUGACCCGUGCAUAUAGGGGUCUCUCUGGCUUUGUCGGAUCUGUCCUUCAAGAUGCUAGUACAAGUGGAAAGGAGCAGAGCGUACGAGUCUGUGUGGAGGGGCACGCUUAUUAUAUCGGGUAUCAUUCUUUCAUAGUGGAAAAGGAGGACGGCCUGGGGGUUGAUGGAUUCUCUGUCAGGGACAUUGCUUCAUAG